CAUGAGGGAAAAAGGACUUUUGCCGACUUAAAGGUUAGAGAUGAUGAAAGUCAGAAUAUUCUUUCUCUAUGCUUUGGAGAAACUGUCAAAUGCUGGUGUAUAACCAACAUCAAUACUAAAAUUAUUGACAAAAAGAAAUCUGAGUUGGACCCCUUGCUUCCUAAUAAUGGUCUGUGGCUCUCAGUCCAUGAUGAUGAAAAAGUAUCCACUGGUGCUCAGGCCAUGGCAAGUGAAUCGGUCUGUAACAUGGUGCUUCAGAUCCUGGCGCCAUUCCUCCUGGCAGGCUUUGGCACAGUGAUGGCUGGCAUGCUGCUGGACAUCGUGCAGCAUUGGGAUGUGUUUCAGAACGUAACAGAAAUCUUCAUCCUGGUGCCAGCAUUACUUGGCAUGAAAGGCAACUUGGAGAUGACACUGGCAUCAAGACUCUCUACAGUGGUGAAUGUUGGGAAAAUUAAUUCCUCAAGAGAGAUGUGGAAACUGAUCAUUGGAAAUCUUGCACUAAAGCAGGUUCAGGCUACAGUGCUGGGAUUACUUGCUGCUUUAGCAGCCUCUGUACUUGGAUGGCUUCUUGAGGAGAAACUGACCAUAAACUAUACAGCACUGUUAUGCUGCAGUAGUGUAGUGACAGCCUUCAUGGCUUCAUUAUUGCAAGGUAUCAUUAUGGUGGGUGUGAUUAUUGUCUCAAAGAGGACAGGGAUCAAUCCAGACAACGUAGCAGCACCAAUUGCGGCUAGUUUUGGUGACCUCAUCACUUUGGGGUUGCUUGCCAUCAUAAGUCAAAGGCUUUUCUAUUGCAUUGAGCUUUACCCCUAUGUCAUCUAUGUAGUGUGUGUCAUCUUUCUGUGCCUGACACCGAUCUGGGUAACACUUUCAUUUUGUCACUCUGAGAGCCACAAACUGUUGUAUAAUGGUUGGGAACCAAUAAUUACAGCCAUGGUUAUUAGCAGCAUAGGUGGACUCAUUCUGGACAAAACCAUUACUGACUCAAACUUAGGAGGAGCAGUGGUUUAUGCCCCUGUGAUAAAUGGUGUUGGAGGUAACCUGGCUGCCAUCCAGUCAAGCCGAAUAGCCACGUAUCUUCAUUUUCACUGCUCGCUGGGAAGCUUACCUGACGAUGCUAAACGCUUUUACUGUCCAUUCCGCACAUUUUACGGCAAAGGAUAUAACAACAGAACAGCACGGGUGCUGCUUUCUCUAGCCAUUCCAGGCCACAUGGCCUUUAUCUUUAUUAUUUAUCUAAUGCAAGGGGCCAACACAAGCCCAACACCAACCUUCAUCAUCCUCUACUUGAUUGCAGCUCUAACACAGGUAUUUCUACUGUUGUGCAUAGCAGACUGGAUGGUUCAUUGCUUGUGGAAGUAUGGCCGAGACCCAGAUAGCUUUUCAAUUCCUUAUUUAACAGCCUUGGGUGACCUACUGGGGACUGGCCUUUUAGCUCUUUGUGUUUUUUCUUUGGGUAAUUAAUGAAAAGGACACAAAUAGGUGGCUGAAAUACAUUUAAUACUCAUGUUUGGCAUAUCUUAAACUAUUAUUUCUUUUUACAUUGUUUCUAAUUCUCAAUUUUUGUUAGACUCUUAUCUUGUUCCGACCCAUUGCUCAUAUACCUCAGCCACUUUGGAAGGCAACAUUAGUUAUUUUCUAAGUGAUUCAAAAUUAUUCAUUUAUUAUAUUUCUUUUUUUUUUUUUUUUAUCAGUCCAUAUACUUAAAAUGGCAAACUGAACCAAUCAUGCUUUGUAUAUACCAUGGUGGCAUGUGCAUGUAUGUGAACAAUUGCUGGCUGUUUUUGACUGUU